AGGUCCUGCUGAAGAGCAACCGGAUCGACGUCCUGCUCAGUCGCCUGCUUCCUCACGGCCAGCUGCUCUUCCUCAACCACCGCUUUGCCCAGAGUUUGGAAAAGGAAGUAGCGGCUUAUAUGGCCAAAUAAAGCCGAGCAGCCACGGUUGCCAUUUUCAGGGAGGGCGGGCUAUCAUUUACAGCUACUUCUAGCUAUAUCUGCUGGCUUCCAAGCAAACAAGCCCUCUGUCAUUCACCUCCGGUGACAUUUCCACGCUGGAAGACGAAGAGCGGACUACCAGCUGCUGCUGGUGCUGCUGCUGUUGUUAGAGAUUGCAUGAUGUGUAAACACACAGAGUGGUAAAUACCUGCCUCAUCCACUUGCAGCUCACUCUUGGCUGUUUACUGUGUGGGUGGCUUCACUUCAAAUCCUGUUUGUCAAAUUGAAGAGUGGAAAGAAAAAUGUGGCAGAUUAAAGAGUGCAGUCGCAGAGGCCAGUUAAGACGUACUUGUCAGCAUUAAAGCCUGCUGUUUAUCUGAUUCACCAUACUCGAAAUGUCACAGUGUGACCCUGAGGAGCCAGACUUGACCCUUUUUUGUGCUUUUUCAGAUUUCAGUGAGUAUAAAUGAAAUCUCGGAGUGUUAUUGCCUUAUAGUAACUCCUCAUAAGACCUUACAUUUCCUACUACUCAUCGGGAUAGCGAAUGGGUUUUAAAAGAAUGUUUUGGGAGAACAAGAAUACAGUAUAAAUCCUCUUAAAGAAAUGCACAAUAGAAAGGGAAGAACAAAACAUCUAGAUCUGAGUUGUUUUAUGACAAUUUAUAGCAGAAAUGCCGCAAUGCCGGUGAUGCUAAGGACAGCGGACGGGGCAGGAAGUGAGGAGACGUUUGGAUAAACUAUUAUGAAUGAAAGCAGAAAUGUUGGCAUGCAGAACAUGGAACAAAACAUGAGGAAAUGAUGACAAGUAGACCUACAAACACAAACAUCCUGACUCAACAAAUAAAAAAUGUAUACCUG